AUGUCCAAGUCCUUCGGACUUCAACUCCUCCAGCAAAAGCCCCUCGCCGAGCCAACCGCUUCAUUCGCAGGCAAAACCAUCAUCGUGACCGGCGCCAACUCCGGCCUCGGCCUCGAGGCAGCCACCAAGUUCGUCGCCCUCGGCGCCACACGCGUGAUCCUGGGCGUCCGGGACCUCGAGAAAGGAAAUGCUGCAAGACGCUCGAUAGAAGAGCACACGGGUCGCAGAGAUGCCGCCGAAGUCUGGCAUCUGGACAUGGAUUCGUAUCCGAGCAUCCGGGCGUUCGCGAAGCAGGCGGAGGCGCUGGAGCAGCUUGACGUCGCGGUGCUGAAUGCCGGGGUGUACAUGGUGGACUACCAGACUUCGCCGCAUGGCUGGGAGGAGACGUUGCAAGUCAAUGCGGUAUCUACCACAUUGCUGGCUCUGCUGCUAUUGCCGAAGCUGCGGGUCUCUCGCAACGGCGCAGGCGUGCCAGUCUUAGAGGUCGUCACUUCAAGGAGGGCGGAGGCAGUCACCAUCCCACCCGAGCAACGACAAGGAAAUAUCUUAGCCUCUCUCAACAAUCCCGACACCUUUCAGUCAAGCCUGCAGUACCGCGCAUCGAAGUUUCUGGCUUUGUGCUCUGUAAAGAUGAUCGCCUCCUCAGUCCAGCCUACCGAAGUGAUCGUCCUGGCAGUAUGUCCCGGGGCUGCAGCGUCUAGUCUGAGCCGAGGUUGGACAGGUGCCCUUGCCUCCAUCGUGAAAAGUCUUCUCAACGCUUUCUUCUUGCGGACCCCCGAGCAAGGGGCGAGAUCACUCGUUAGUGGUGUUACUAUAGGCGCAGACGCGCAUGGCAACUUCUGGUAUGACGACCAGCUUCACGAGUAA